ACGAGUGUUUACAUUAGGGGAGAGAAAUUGUGAUUGUGAGGCUCAAGUCAGAAUUCAGACCAACUACGUGGCUAGUAUGUUCAGAAUAUGGUCCCUGCCCUUUUAGUACGUUUUAAUCUUCUUUUAUGUGGUUGUCAGCUGACGUUGGUUGAUUUGUAUUACUUAACAUUAGCUAACUAGCGAUAGCCAGGUAGCUCGCUCGAGUCAGGUUAGGUCCUAACGUGUUUGGUCCCUGAUUUGUAAACGCAAGAAAUCGCAGCAGGUCAAGACCCUUGAAAAUUGGUGAUCAUGGGUCGGCUGGAUGACGCCGCAAAGCGUAAAGUGGUGGAGCUGCGGGAAGCUGGUUUGAGUUUUCGGAAGAUAAAGGCGGUUCUGGAGCUGGAGAACAUCAAGGUAUCCGCACAAGCUAUCUAUUUGUUUCUCAAAGAGUACAAUGGCAGGAACGGGACAAAUCUGGCAGCGGCAAGGGGCGUUGCUGGUGUUCAGGCGCCCGCGGUGGGCACUGGUGACGGCAGCUCCGCGAGCAGGAGCAACAGCUGGAGGGACCGACAGCUAGGGAGCCUCAUGCGGGAGGCAUCCCGGGUUGCUGGAUUUUCCACAUCCCCUGACCCUACUCAUCAUCAGGGAGGGUCUUCGGCUGAAGAGAGGGGCUCCAGAUCCACAAGUGGCGGGAGCAGAGAGGACAAUGGUGCAAGGAAACAGGAUGAGGAGGAGGAUAUUCGCAUUGUCAGCGUCACGUCUCUGGCACAUAGAGCUCGGCAGGAUGGGACCCAGGCGCAGCGGACAAACAUGACCACGGGUGUUGGAGCCAUGACGGGGAUCUUUGCACGGAGACGCCUCACUCCCUCACCAGCCACCAACCCUGUUCUGUUGGCCCGCAAAAGGCUGCUGGAUAAAGCCAUGCUUCACCGAGCGAGGAUCAGAGAUGGUGGUCUUUCACCUGCCCAGCAGGUGGCGCCCCAACCGAGGAGAGAUCAGUCAUAUAUGCGCAAUAUGAUGUUGCCUCCGGUGUCCUCCUCAAUUGACCUUACUGCGCCCAGGCCCCAGCAAGUGAGGGGGAUUGCGGACAGUCAUCCCGACGCUAGUUUGGCCAGACGAGGCUUCCAGCCACGAAUAGGAGUCCCGCCCCCCCGAGUGGGCGUCCGACUCCCCAGCCCCACUGGUCCGAGCGCGACCGCCCAGGCAGCCGCAAACCACAACCCCAACCCGGGCGUCCGCAUCCAGCACCCAGCCAGCCAGCAGCCCCAGAGGAGGGAGCCGUCGCCCAGCUACCAGCCCGGGGCCCUGGAGGCGCUGCGGCAAAACCUGGGGGAGCAGGUGCAGGGGCUGGGCUCGGAGGUGCGUAGCCUGGCGCUGGCCGUGCGGAUGCUGGUGGAGCAGCAGGGGCGGCUGGAGAGGGAGCAGGUGCAGCAGACUCAGGUGCAGAAGCAGAUCCUCAGCACCCUGCAGUUCCUGGCCUCGCGGCCGAGCCCCUGCGGACUGGCCCACGCCACCCCGACGCCCCCUCCUCCGCCUGCGUCAUCGGUUCCGGCCUCCCUGCCGGCGGCGGCGUCGUCCUCAUACAGCCAGAGCACGGCCUUCGCCUCCACGCAGAGCAGCUACUCGCAGGGCGGCCUGUCUCUGAGCGACAGCUCCGGGCUGGAUGGCGCGGGCGCGUUCACGUUCUCCGGAAUGAGUUCGGCGGGAGGAGGAGUCGGAGGCAUGAACGGCUUCGGCGGCUCAGAGAGUCUCCAUCCAGCGCACACACACGCACACACACACACCACGUCGCCGGCUUACACGCAGUCCCUCACACACGCGCCGCCCGACUACACUCAGACCCUGGUGCAGUCACACACCCAGAUGGCGAGUCCAGCUCUGGGUCAGGGCCUGUCACACACAGAUGCUUUUGCAGGCAGGAAGGACUCUGAACUCUCAGCUGGCCAAGUGGGCACCAGCCUCCAGGACUGCGGCACGUCCAUCCCUGCCCCCUCCCCCCUCGCCCUCUCGCCCCAGGAGCCCCAGCUCCUCAACAUCAUCAAGGUGGAGAGCAUCUGACCACCACACUGGGAGACACUGGGAGCAUAGCUGAAGUGCCACGCCAAGAAAAGAAAUGAGAAAAGACAUAGAUAGAACGUAAAAGAUGGGUCCAUUUUUACCACAUGUCCGUGGCGCAUGUGUGCUACUGCCGCCUCUGUUGUAGCCAGUUCCACUGAUUAUAGUGGAGGCUCUUUUUUUCGCCAUACGUUCCGCUUCAGUUGUACAUCCGGUUCCUCCAACUAUCCGGGCCUCCAACUAGACUGCAUAGUGAGGAACUAGAGGCAGGUUUCUACUGUAUGAACUUUGCCAGGGAUAAAGGACCAUGUGCCAAACUGUGCCAACCUUUUGGUAUGUACUCGUUAUCAGGUACAGUGCCUUAGAAAAGUAUUCCAUCUGUCUGAAAGCCAUCACCAUUGUAUAUACUUGGAUACAUAGGGGCAGCCGUGGCCCACUGGUUAGCACUCUGGACUUGUAACCGGAGGGUUGCCGGUUCGAGCCCCGACCAGUGGGCCGCGGCUGAAGU